UUGCACUCGUAUGAUUGAUAGCAUUUGUGUGAUCUAAAAAAAAACAUAUUUGGAGAUGGCGAAACUUCUGAAAAGAAUGUUCGGAAAGAAGGAAAGAGAUUACAACUGUGAGGAAAAGUACAGGUUUUGGGUGAAGAAAACCUUUGGUCCUCCGAAAAGGAUUGGGAAAAAGGACGAGAACGAAAUGAGCAGGAUGUAUUUAUUGAUUAAAGGUCCCGAAAUUUGGAUACCGGGUAAGAACGCUGGUGUUUUCAAUUGGAAGGAUAGAGGAACUUAUAAUGAAGAGGUGUAUUUAAAAGUAUGGGAUUGGUUGAAAUCUCAAGAUUUCGAAUCAUCUCCUCCUGAUCUGCAGGAUGAAGAUCGUUUGGCGAAAGCGGAAAGAAAGAAGGGUCGGAAGGUGUGGUCUCUGUUUUCGUUCUCCGCUCUGUGAGUUUCAAGGAGUUCAGUUUUUCAAUAGAUUUCCUUUAAAUUAUUAAAUCCAUAACUCGUUCAGUAAAAGCUUCAAAUUUAAAAUUUUUCUUCUUUUUCCAUUUAUCACUUUUUCGGCUUUGGCUGCCUCAAGUAGUUAAUGUCAUCUCUAUCUAUCCUACAAAGUAUUUUUUCCAUCUGUUUUUAGCCUAUUGCAUCUCAACUAAUUUAUCUCAACAUAUCAUAUGUGAUAUCUUCCAUUUUUUCUCUCAGACGUAUUUUUUUAAUGACCGCUUUAUUGUUGUUGUGUCUAAUAUCACAUCUUAUCUGCUGGAGUUUCAUAACCUUAGCUGUUGUAGGUUCUCUAAAUUUGAUACAACACUUAAAGUAAUCACUUUGAUACAUUUAUCAUCAUUUCACAUCUGCGCCAUUUCAUCAUACCAUACAAUCUUCCGUUUCCUCGCCGAUUUAUUUUCUUUCAACUGAGUUAUAUUUGUUGUGUCUGUUCUCACAUCUGCUCGAGUUUAUUAUUCUUAGCUAUUGUAGGUUCUCUAAAUUUGAUACAUCAUUUAAAGUAAUCACUUUGAUACAUUACUCAUCCCUUCACAUCUGAGCCAUUUUAUUACACCAUACAGUCUUCCGUUUCUUCACUGGUUUACUUUCUUUUAACUGGGUUAUUGUUGUUUUGUUCUCAGAUCUGCUGGAAGUUAAUAACCUUAGCUAUUGUAGGUUCUCUAAAUUUGAUACAUCACUUAUAGUAAUCACUUUGAUACAUUAAUUCUAACUUUACAUCUGAGCCAUUUUAUCACACCAUACAGUCUUCCGUUUUCUCGCAGGUUUAUUUUCUUUUAACUGGGUUAUUGUUGUUGUGUCUGUUCUUGCUUCUGCUAGAGUUUAAUAAUAUUAGCCACAGUUGGCUCUCUAAAUUUGUUGCAAAUAUUAAAUUUUUUUCUUAUUCUCCAAAAAUUUUUUUUCUCCUUAACCGCUGAAAAAAUUCUUCUCAAGAUGUUCGCAAAUUAAGUAAUCUAUUUCUUUCGAAAUCUCCUGAAUUAAUUUCUAACUUAGAAAGUAAAAUAUUUUUCAGCUAUACAUGCAAAGCAAACUGAAAAUUAAAAAGCAUUUCUUUCUUCUAAACUUUAGAUUUCUUUUCUGUUAGGCACAAACUCCAGAACAGUAACAGUUAAAAUUUUAAAAAAUUUUUCUCAUUCGCAUGAGAUGAAAUUAGUGACUGAUAUCAAAUUUAAACUAUUACUAAAAAAAUAUAAGUAAAGGUCAGAGACAUUUUGCUCUGAGAUUUUCUAAUGACGUUAUACAAGCAAAUUAAUUAUUCACAAAAAAAAACUACCUUAAAAAUUAAGAUCUAUUUUGCUCCAAGCGAGCUGUUUCUCAAUAAUACGGGAUAAAAAAUUUCUUUAAAACUACUUAAAUUUUUAAAAUUAACUAAGAAAAAUUUAAACUUAUUUAAAAUAAAGAUCGAAAUAGGAUACGCAAAUGAAGAACUUGCAAAAAAAAACUACAAAACUGUAACUAACUGUAUGAAAGGUACAGAAGGAAAGCGGCAUCAGUCCACGUGAUCAAGUUCUAAGAAAAGAUAAAUUUUACGACAGUAAAAUAUCAGCUAACUCGAUCUUCAUACUACUAACUAGAUAGACAUAAAAUAGAUGGUAAAAAAAUUUACUGAAAUAAACUAUAUUUGGUACUACAGUGAACUUUUCAUGCUCAUGAUUUAGUUUGGCCUCUUUUAUGUCCUUUUCGGAAAUCUUAUAUACUCUUGAUGAAGCACUGCCUCAAAGCGCUAAUAAUUUCAGUUCUUAUUAUGCAGAAGAUAAAAUGAUCAGAAAGCAAAGAGUGGCGUGCCAAUGUGUAUGGAUGCCUGGGGUUGCCAGUUUGCCCUCUUUCUGUACGCCAUAGAACUGACGCAGCUUUUACUCAGUACCCUCCAUCUAGUUUGUUCAAAAACACCAGUAAACACAUCCAUUUUUAAGCUCUAGUUUUAAAGUUUUAAUUAUAAUGAAAGAAGGAAACAGAAUUUCUAAUAAUACAAUUCUCUAAAAAAUUUACUGAACACUAUUCACUAUGCAAUUAACAAAAUUACUACACAAUAGAUCAGAUUCUCUAACAAUUUAUUUUCCUCAGUUUUUGAAGUAUAAUUGCUAGUUUCUUUUAUGAUCGUAACAUACGAAUUUUCCAUCAAUCCUAUAUAAACAGUGAAGAUAGCAUACGAAUUUUCCAUUAAUCCUACAUAAACAGUGAAGAUAACAUACGAAUUUUCCAUUAAUCCUACAUAAACAGUGAAGAUAGCAUACGAAUUUUCCAUUAAUCCUAUAUAAACAGUGAAGAUAGCAUACGAAUUUUCCAUUAAUCCUACAUAAACAGUGAAGAUAACAUACGAAUUUUCCAUUAAUCCUACAUAAACAGUGAAGAUAGCAUACGAAUUUUCCAUUAAUCCUAUAUAAACAGUGAAGAUAGCAUACGAAUUUUCCAUUAAUCCUACAUAAACAGUGAAGAAUUCGUUCACAUAAAAUUUAUAUCCUUCUGAAAAUCACAUAGCAUACUUCAAUCAAUUUUUAACUUCACAGCAUUUUGAUUCGUAGACAAUAUUCUUUGUAUAUUGCUGGGCAUGAGCGUCGCUAGCGAGGACCGGAUAGUUGAUAUUUGUCUAAAAGUCAAAAUCAAUAUUUCAGAUAAAAAAUAUUUUCGUGAAUUAACAUCGAUUCAAACUUUUAAAGUUAAAAAUUAUAAAAAAAGAUAAAUUAUUAUUCUUUUUAAAGAUAAUUAUACUACAUUUAGGAACUUUUUUCCUUAUGUGAGAAAUUUAGGGAUAAUUUUCGUGAAUAUUUAAUUUAAUUUCAACCCCCAGAAAAAUUGGGCUCAAUUUUAAUUUUAGUUUCUUAAUUUUAGCAAUAGACUGGCACAAAAAA